GUCUGACUGAAAACGAGGACUAUAUGUACCGCAGCUUCACUACCUGUGCUUUCUACUGGAUCUGACUGAGAAGUAAUUAUUGCUUCAAAGCUGAUUGCAGGUGAGGGGGGCCAUAGUGAUCAUUUGAAUCUAACUAAUUACAGUCUGAGUGAAAGCAAAAGUGAAUCAAGAAUGAACGAAGGUGUUUGGGAAUACAGUAAAAACAGGGAAAGAAGUCAAUUGGAGAGGGAGGUGCUGAGGAAAGGUGGAGACUGAGAGGAGGGAGGAUCAGUUUAUUCCAGCAAGGUCACUUCAACCUUAACUUUUAAAGAGCCGCUUCAUCGUUUCCUUCUCAAGGUAACUUUGAACAUAUUAACUGUAAAGAUAAGCUGUUUCUGAUAAUUGUUGUCCAACUGUGAUUUCUCUUUUGGAUGCACAAUAGUUGACUCCCGGUGGAUCAUCGAUCUCUAUGAAGUGAGAAUGGAGAGCAGCACCCAGUGAAGAUGCUGCCAAUCGGGGACACACAUGAAAGAACCGAGGGCACCACCACAGCUGUUUGGAUCUUUAGCAUAAGAGCGAUGACCUUCUCGUCCUGUUACAGGCACGUUUGCUCAUGACAGCUGUUUCACAUCCCUUUCAGCGUUUUAGAGACAGUCCAGGAUGUUGAGACGGUGGCUGCUGGCCCUGAUGGCCCGUGUCGGUCUCAUCACGUUGGGCCUCUGCUGCUCUCUGCUGCUCUUGUACCUCCUGGCCUGUAAACCUUCGUCUCACAGCAAACGCCCUUCGCUGCUGUGGUCUGGAGGAGCCACCAGUAAGGAGGGAUACAUGGCUCUGCUGCAGGAGAGAGAGGACUCUCACAGACACUACGUUAGCAGUCUGAUGAAGCAGAUAGGGGAGCUCAAGGAGGCUCUGGAGGAGAGGACUCAGCAGCUUCAGGAGUCCCUGGAGAAGGCAAAAAGCAAAGGGAUCCUGCCUCAGGGUCUGGAGAGUCUACACAAAACCCCAACAAAGUCUGACCUGAAGGAGUUCUUCCGCUCCCAGCUGAACCAGGCGGAGGUGAGCUCAGGCGUGGAGCUCCCCAACGAAUACGCGCUGAUCCCUUUUGAGACCUUCACCCUGCAGACGGUUUACCAGCUGGAAACGGGGCUGACGAAGCACCCGGCUGAGAGGCCGGUGAGGAGGGACCGUAGAGACGAGCUGACCGGGACGGUGGAGACGGCCCUGCACGUCCUGAACGGACCUCAGCAACAAGCAGACAACAGCGGGAGGAAACGCACCUACUCCCCUUCAGACUUCGUACAGGGGUUGACUCGCACAGAGAGGACCAGAGGGACCGUCUAUGAGCUGACGUUCAAAGGCGACGGCCCGCAGGACUUCUCUCAGCUCGUCCUCUUCAGGCCGUUCGGGCCUUUGAUGAAGGUGAAGAGUGACAGUGUGAACACACGCAGCAUCAUCAUCAACAUUAUCGUCCCGCUCUCCGGGAGGUUGGAUGCCUUCAGGCAGUUCGUCAACAACUUCAGAGAAGUUUGCAUCCAACAGGACGGCAGGGUUCACCUCACUGUGGUCUACUUUGGUCGGGACCAGAUCGACCAGGUGAAGGCUGUACUGGAUCAGACCACCAGGGAGACUCGGUUCAGAAGUUUCACCUUGAUUCAGGUGAAUGAGGAGUUUUCUCGUGGCCGGGGCCUCGAUGUGGGCGCCAGGGCCUGGAGACAACGGCAGAACGUCCUGCUCUUCUUCUGCGAUGUCGACAUCCAGUUCACAGCAGACUUCUUGACUUCAUGUCGUAUGAAUGCAGAAGCCGGUAAAAAAGUGUACUACCCUGUGCUCUUCAGCCUGUACAACCCAUCCGUCAUCUACAGCAAUCACACUCUCCUACCUUCUAUAAAACAACAGCUGGUGAUAAGAAAGGAAAAUGGAUUCUGGCGGGACUUCGGAUUUGGCAUGACAUGCCAGUUCAGAUCGGAUUUCAUCAACAUUGGUGGGUUUGACCGCAGCAUCAGAGGCUGGGGGCUGGAGGACGUCCACCUGUACAGGAAGUACCUCCACAGUAAGCUGAUGGUGAUCCGAGCUCCGUCCAGGGGCCUUUUCCACCUGUGGCAUGAGAAGAGCUGUGCCGAUGAGCUUCCCCCGGACAAAUACAAGAUGUGCAUGCAAACCAAAGCCAUGAGCGAGGCCUCGCACGGCCAGCUGGGAGAGCUCUUCCUCAAACAGGAGAUAGAGCUUCACCUGAACUCCCAGAAACAGAUCCAAGAGAUCUGAAGGGGACCGUCAAAUGACAGGGAGUCACGCUCACAGUUUGCUGUUAAACAUCUGUUUCAGUAAAUUAUAUUUUUGGAUUCAUGUGGUACGCUAUAGCUCAUAAACACCCUUUUGUCUUAAUAAAACUAAAAAGGUUUCAGACUCUUGAGCACUCUGCCUUCUUUCUUUAUUCUCUCCUGGGAAUUGAACAAGAUGCAUUUUU